AUGCACGCCGGCCAGAGCGCGCCAGAGCGCGGAGACGUCCCCGGCUCGCAGCUGCCGUCUCUGCGCGAGCGGCGCGUGGCGGCGACCCGGGAGGGCCGCUCGCUGCUGUUGCCGAGCACGGUCGGCGCCCCGAACGCCCCUCCGCCGCCCGCAGACAUUCUUGAGCAGCGGCAGCGCAUGGUUGCGGCAGCGAAUCCGGCGCUCAGCCAACCCGCCGGCGCAGUGGCGGGUGAAGAGAGCGGAGAGGACGACGCGCAGUCGCUCGCCUCGAUCCCCUCGCCCGCCUCGUCGGCCCCGCCGUCGCCGCAGCGGUCGGCCACGCCUGGCCGCCCCGCUGACACACCGAGCCUCGGCGACGCCUCCAACCUCUCCGGUGCUGCCGGCGGCGAGGCGGCCGGCGGCGAGGCGGCAGGAUCGCCCGCGGAGAGGGAGCGCUCUUCCUCGUCGCUGAUCGAGACGUCGGCCGGCCUCCUCGACUCGGUCUCGUCGAUGCUCGCAGGGUACGCGCCCUGGUCGCCAGGCAAGGGCCGCCGGGGAGCGACCCGCGCCAGCGCCGCCUCCUGCUCCGUUCCCACCUCGCCAGCCGCUUCGGCCAGCCCCUCGAUCGUGCGGCCCGCCGGAAGCGUCGCGGCGGCGCGGCGAUUCGCGACCAAGACGAGGCAGCCACCUCGCGACGGCGGCGGCAGCGGAGCGAGCCCUCAACCCAGCGCCUUGGACCGAGAGUUCUCGCUGCGGAGGGGUGUGUCGCCAACCACGGAGCGGCUGCGCGCUUACUCGGGCGCCUCUGGGGCGCACGCAAAGGCUCGCUGGCGGCAGUACGUGCGCCGCAAGCUGCUCAAUUCGGAGGAUGAGGCGAUCAUGAAUGCGGCGUUGAUGAGCGACAUCAGUGGCGACGUUGCGGAGCUGAUCCAGGACACAACCCCGUUCACGGCGCGACGCCGGUCCGAAGGGGACAGCAGCUCCCGGCCGGCGUCGCGCGAGGCGUCGCGGCGGCGCUGGUCCGAAGGGGACGGACGCCUUCGGAGCCCGCUCACCGUCGAAGGCUCGCCCGAGCCCGGGUUUGCCCCUCCCUCCUACGAAGAGGGCGCCGCGACCCCGCCAGGCCGCGCCGCCGCAAAGGCCGCGCCGCUCGACGCAGAGGCUGUCCACGUCGACGUCGGCCCCGCGUCGCCCGAGCCGGAGGCGGGCGGUCGCUUCCCCCUCUGUCGCCGCUGGUGUUUGCCGCGCACCCGCCCCUCCCACCACGCGCGCCGCGAGCCGGGCGACAUCGAGGGGAAGCUGAGGGACAAGGAGAUGGAGGGCUCGGCGCUCGCCCACACACUCAGCAUCGGGCACGGCAUGCACGCGCCGCCGAGCCCGGACAUGAAGAAGGCGCGGCUCUACGCGUCGCAGCGGCUCGCGCGGCAGCACGAGGGCGACGAGGCGCCGGGCGAGCUCUACCCGCUCUACACGCCUCUCGAGACUUUCGACCGGUUCGGGACCGACGUCUCACAGUACAUGCAUUUUGUGCUCUACACGUCGCGCCUCUUCUUCUGCCUCUUCGCCUUCAACCUCGCCAACCUCAUCAUCAAUCUGGAGGGGCAGAACCUCGCUUUCCUUGAGCUCGACUCCGCCGCGGCGGGCGUCAAUCCACUCGCCGUUGUGCACACGCUCGGCAAUACCGAGUCGACGGGCGUCCUCGCCAAAGGCGGCCAUUCCUACGGCGUCAUCGAAUUCAUUACCAGCGGGGUGCUCGUCGUCUACAUCUUUUGGCUGCGCGGCAAGAUGUCCGAGAUCCGCACCCGCAUCCGCAACUCAACCUCGCUGGCUACGCUCACCGCCGCCGAUUUCACCGUGAUGGUGUCGCAUUUGCCCGACGGCUGGGGCAGCGACGACGUGCGUGGUUUCUUUGAGCGCUUCGGUCAGGUGGUGCACGUGUCGGUCUCGCUCAACAAUCGCGGCCUUAUCCUCGAGAUGAAGCGCACGCAGGAGCUGCGCGACCGGCACACGGAGGCGGCGUUGCACUUGCUCACGAAGAUGUCCCGCUUGGCGAAGAAGGAGGAGGUCGUGCGCGCGCGCGUGCGCUCCGUUCGCUCGCUUGAGCGCUUCGAGCGGCACCGCGCGAGGCUGCGGCUGCUGAUGCGCGGCAAGUACCAGCACACGGGCCACGCCUUCGUCACCUUCAACAAGGCGAGCGUGACGCCGGAGCUCGUGCGGCGGCUCGGCAAGGGCGGCACUGACGAGCACCGGGCCCUCGGCGCCAAGCUGCACGUUAAGCGCGCGCCCGAGCCGUCCGACGUCUUAUGGGAGAACCUGCAGUACUCGCGGCGGCAGCAGCGGCAAUGGCAGUGCCUCUCGACGGGCAUCAUGUGCGUCCUGGCGACGGUCGGCAUCUUCACCAUCUUCGUCUCCAAUUACUACCUCGCGCCCGGGGUCAACCCAAACGCGGCGUACCCUCUCCCCGCAGGGCAGUUUCUCGCGCAGAUGCUUGGUGCGCUGGUGGUCAACAUUGGUGGGCACCUCAUCUUCUUCAUCCUCGUGCUCUUCCUCGCGAAGCUCGUCGAGGUGCAGUACACGCACCGCGAGCGCGAAAAGGAGAUGAUGAUCAAGAUGACCGUCUUCCAGAUCCUCUCCGUCGUCGUCCCCUCCUUCCUCUACCUCUUUCUCAACACAAACGCGAACGAGCUCGCGUUCAACGACUCGAUGGGCCGCUUCGGCGCGAGCUGGUACGUCUCGGGCGGUCAGUUCGUCAUCGUCGCGCUCGUCGGCGACGCGACCGCCAUCAACCUCUUCAUCGACCUCGUGCGGCCGGUGCCCGACUUGUUCAACCGAUACGUGCUCGCGCGCCGCGCAAAGACGCAGGCCAAGAUGGACGAGCUCUGGACCAUCGAUGCGGACCUUACCCUUGGCUUUCGCGUCCAGCUGAUGAACAAGAUCGUUUUUGUUGGACUCAUGUUCGCGUUCGCGAUCCCGAUCCUCUACGGCCUUAUCUUUCUCUUCCUCUUCUCCGCGCAUUGGGUGGACCGCUACACGCUUCUCCGCCGCCUCACGCCACCGCCCGUGACGCACGACGGCCUGAUGGAGGUUGUGAUCCGGUACAUCUUCCCCGUGGCCGUCCUCACGCACACGGUCAUGGCUGUCAUCUUCUUCAACGACAUUUGCGUCGGAUCAAAGGCCGCCGACGAGGGCGCUUGCGAGCGCGCCUUCGCCGCCGGUUUCAGCUUUGACAACAGCACAAACAGCAGCGAUCUCCUCGGCGGCACUUGCGUGCCCGACGUCGGCACCGGCGACCUCAACGACUUGCUCGACCCAGAGCGGAUCGCGGUCAAGGAGGAGUGGGCGGAGCACAUCCGGAACAACGCGAACUUUGACCUCUACUCGGGUUCCGUGCUCUCGCUCGAGUGCCUCGUCGCCAACGCGUCUCAGUCGGGCGCCUUUUGCACCGUGGUGUCCGGGUGCUCGCUCGAGCUAUCGGGCGCGCACGUGAUACUCAUCUGCGGCGCCUUCAUCUGGGGCAUCGGCGUCGUUGUCUACCUCCUCCUCCACUGGUGCAAGCGGCGGCGCGACGCCGCGCUCGGCGAGAAGCGCCGCUCCGCCCUCUCCACCUUCUCGCUCAACGCGUUCCGCUUCAUCAUGCAGCGCGAUGCGCCUAUGUACUUGCCGCCGCUGACGCGCGCCCUGCUCGAGAUGUAUGGCAACAACGCGCGCCUCGACCGGCGGCUGCUCAAGUCGUACUUGCAGAUCGCCAACGUGCCCAUACAGCAGGGGCCGGGAGGAAGCGUCGAGGAAUUGCGUCGCUCCUCGCUGUCGAGCGAGCGCUCGGUGCUGUCCUCCCUCGCCGAGCCGCUGCGCGAGGCGUCGGGACGCGUCAAGGGAACCGUGCCCUCGGUCGAGCAAGUGCGGACGAUGCGCGACGCGCUGCGCCAAAAGCUGGGCGAGGUCGAGCAGCAGCUCUCGGCGAUCGGCGACCGUGAGACGUACCAGCAGUCCAACACCGCAUUGCGCGGUGGGCUGCAGCGCGGCGCGCAACGGCUCGGCUCCACCUUCCUACGCCGCAAGAGCGACCCGAGGUUCUCGGAGAGCGACAUCUCGGAGCCCGAGUUGGCGCCGCCGUUCUCGCCGGUGGCGGAGGAGGACCCGGAGGGGCUGGCGGUGGACGUGCCGGGGGACGACCCGGAGGGGCUGGCGGUGGACGUGCCGGGGGACGACCCGGAGGGGCUGGCGGUGGACGUGCCGGGGGACGACCCGGAGGGGCUGGCGGUGGACGUGGGCAGGGCACCGACCACGGAUGAGAAGUACUUGUCGAGUCGCUUGUCCAAUGCUGAUUUUAGUUAG